UCAGAUGCCUUCAAACUCUUGUUCAGUACCCCAUUGAUUCUUGUCUAUAGAAUCCCAUCCAAGAACCAAACAUUAAAUUAAAGGAUCUCAGAUUCUGUUUUCUUUCAGAAAGCUUUGUAAUCUGAGAUUGGUUUUCUUGAUGGCAUUUGAUGAAUCCGUUCAAGUGUUGUUGCCUUGUAAAGAGUAGUUUCACCAUUUUGAAUUUCAAAAUUAUCGAGCUGAGAUGGAAAGUAUAGCUGAAAAAAAGAACGGGUUAAGUGAGUCAGAGUCAUUGAGUGACUCGGUGUCGAAAGGGAGUAGUAGUAGUACGGGGUCGAGCCGAUCCAGUUCUGAUGAGAGCAAGCUCGGAAAGGACUGUUGUUCUUCACCGGCUCCUUUGGGUUGGCCUAUUCUCAAGGUCCAAAUGACCAAGUCUUCCUCUAAAGAUGCAGCUCAAGAUGUGCGUAAUUCCACCGUCAGUGAGCUUGAUUCAAAAAUUUCAGAAUUGGAGAUGAUGAAAGAGAGAUUUUCAAAAUUGUUGCUUGGUGAAGACAUGUCUGGUAGUGGGAAAGGAGUUGGCACAUCAUUGGCCAUUUCAAAUUCCAUAACCAACCUAUGUGCUACUAUAUUUGGACAAUUGUGGAGACUAGAACCUCUGCCUCUGGAAAAGAAAUCAAUGUGGCGAAGAGAGAUGGAGUGGCUUGUUGCUGUUAGCGAUUACAUUGUUGAAUUAAUACCAUCUUGGCAAACUUUUCCUGAUGGAACUAAGCUUGAGGUCAUGACCAGUAGACCAAGAGCGGACCUUUUUAUUAAUCUUCCAGCUCUUCAGAAACUUGACAACAUGCUCAUUGAAAUAUUAGAUAGUUUCACCAAUACGGAGUUUUGGUAUGUGGAUCAAGGGAUAAUAGCAGCAGAGGAUGAUGGUUCAGCCUCUUUUCGGAAAGCUAUCCAGCGCCAAGAAGACAAGUGGUGGCUGCCUGUCCCGAGGGUGCCUCAUGGUGGUCUACUUGAAGACACAAGGAAGCAGUUAAAUCACAAACGUGAAUGUGCUAAUCAAAUACUGAAAGCUGCCAUGUCAAUAAAUAGCAUUACAUUAGCUGAGAUGGAAGUUCCUGAAUCAUAUUUGGAUGCUCUUCCAAAGAAUGGAAGAGCGUGUCUAGGGGAUGUCAUCUACCGCUACAUCACUUCAGAGCAUUUCUCUUCAGAGUGCUUGUUAGAUUGCCUUGAUCUUUCAACUGAACAUGUUGCUUUAGAGAUAGCAAACCGCGUGGAGGCUUCAAUCUAUGUGUGGCGCAAAAGACAUCAUCCUAGACCUCCAACUAAUCCAAAUCGUUCUACGGCAAAAUCAUCUUGGGAGAUGGUAAGGUAUCUUGUGGUUGAUGGAGACAAGAGAGAGUCGCUUGCUGAGAGAGCUGAAAAUCUCCUGCUUUGCCUGAAGCAGCGAGUCCCUGGCCUAAGCCAGACCACCUUAGAUGCCAGCAAGAUUCAAUACAACAAGGAUGUAGGGAAGUCUAUUCUAGAGAGCUACUCAAGAGUCCUUGAGAGUCUGGCUUUCAAUAUUGUGGCACGGAUCGAUGAUCUACUAUAUGUAGACGACUUAACUAGGCAAUCUGAUAAGCUGUCAUCUGUUCCUACGGUCAGUGUAAUUGCCCACAAAAAGGUGUCCAUCCCAUAUUCAGUGCCUGUCUCAGGCACCCCAUAUAGAACAUCUUCGGCGACACCAAACUUUUCACCUUUGCCUCUGAUAAGCCCUGCAAGAGGAGAGAGAACUCCAUUUCUCAGUUCAAAUAACAAUAAGUUGGCUCGACGUGGCUUUGGAGUGAAGAGAGUCUUGUCAAAUUAUCUUGGCUGUGAAGCAAAGUCUAAGAAUUGUGGAAAUCCUUUGGAGGCCUUUGCUUCAAUUUCUAACAGGAGUUCUGAGGUGAAUAGAAACAACAGUGAAGGUCCAGAGCUAUGCAAGGAACCAUCUUCCCUCCAAGCUGGAAAUUGUCUGCGAUCAAUAGACCGCUGAUCUGUGGAGCUAAAGUUAAUUAUUUUUGGGAAUGAUAGAGAAAAAAGGAAAAGAUGAUUGACAGCUGAUAGAUAGUUUUCUGUUGGACUUUCUUGUAUUUCACUAAUUACGCUCUGUUUUUUACAUAAUAGUGGAGAUCAUUUGUUUA